CAAAUCAAUAUCAAUACAAUAGAGCCUCUCAAGACUCUAAAGAGACCAGUCUCUUCUCUCUUCUAUAUUCUUCUCUCUCGCUGUCAACAAAAACAAUCAAACCCCAAAAAUUCACCAAGAAAUUAACUCUCAAAUCCCCAUGGAAGAGAAGGAGGACAAGGGCAAGAAGAAGCACAAGAAGCAGAAGCACAAGCACCCUAACAUCGACCAAGGAGCCAAUACAAAGGCGACGAAAACGACAGCUCCGGCAUCAUCGGACUUUGCGUUUAAGCCGAGCUCCGAGGUGAAGGGCCUGCGGUUCGGGGGCCAGUUCAUCGUCAAGUCCUUCACGAUCCGCCGGGCGAGGCCUUUGGAGCUCCUCCGGGUCCUUUCCUUCCCGCCAACGAACAAACCCAACGGUCUCCUCCCUUUCCCUUCCACCACGGCCUUCCUCCCCACCAACUUCACCAUCCUGGCCCACCACGCCUGGCACACCCUCACCCUCGGCCUGGGCACCAAGAAGUCGAAGGUCCUCAUGUUCGUGUUCGAGUCCGAGUCCCUCCGGGCCUCCAUCGCGGACCGGUCGUGGCCCCACGAGAUCCCGCUCGGGGAGGUGAACCGCCGGCUCAUAAGGCACGGGCUCGAGGGGUGUGAGCUGGCCCGGUUUAAGUUUAGGAAGGGCUGCGUCACGUUCUACGUGUAUGCGGUCCGGCACAUCGGGAUCGCGGGCUUCUCGAGGGCCGAGGACCUCCGGACUAUCCUCCAGUCGGUGGUGGAGCUGAAGGACUUCCUGGACCACACGGCGAUGCUGGCUAUGCCAGAUCAAAGGAGUAUCAACUUCUGCUCCCCUCCCAGCACUUUUCCUAAUAAUAGCAAUCCCUUUGCUAUGGCUCAUUAAAUUUUAAUUUGAUGAUCUUCUUAGGAACUUCCUAUGUAAAUUUUUGGCUUCCUAGAAUUUUAAUUUUCAGAGUGAGCUGACUUUUUUUAAAAAUAAUUUAGAUAGUUCAAAUGGCUUUUGAUUUUUUCUAUUUUGGGGGGAUUUGUUUAUUCAUUUGAAGAUCGAUCUUCAUGGAUGUUUCUCAUAUAUGUUAUUAGUUUAAAUAUAUAUUUAGCCUUUUUUGCUGCAUAAA